AUAGGGAGCCAUUUCCAAGUUAUCCGUUCGACUAUGUUUAUUAUCAAUCAAAGAAACCGAUUGAUGAAUCUUGUCUGAACACAUUAUUUCAAUUUAAUGAUUGCGGACUUAUCUGGAUUGCUUGAUCAAAUAGAAUAUGAAGAUAUUGUUACAUGGGUCGAAAAGAUGAAACCUUUAAAAGGAUUAAUUGAUGAACUUUAUAACGAACCAGAAUCAAUUUUGCAAUAUUGUAAUCAACUCGAAAUGGUAUCCUCCAGUUACAUCGAGCCAUGCAUAGAAGAGAAUGGUGUCAACAUUAAACAAUUGCGCCUUAUUGGUUAUAAACUAGAUAGAUUCAGUGAAUUGGUACAAUAUUUUCCAAAUCUUGAAAGAUUAUACAUUUAUAAUUAUUAUGGCUAUCCAGAUGGCUACUAUGAUGGUCCCAUAUUCAGAAGACUUGAAAUAUUUGAAUUUUUAUCUUCUUGUGCAGACAUUCAAUAUAAUUUCCAGUUCAUAGAUUCAUGUCCAAAUCUUCAAAGUGCACACAUUUACUUGCAACCUAAUCGUAUUUUUGUCGAUGAAUCAGUGAAACACGAAUCUUUACAAGAUUUAGUAAUAGAAUUUAAAAGAGCUAAACGACAAGUGGCCAAGCCCUAUGCACCUAAACCAACUCCAUCACUGGUAAAAUAUGAUCAGAUUGAUUAUGAGGUGGAAGCUGACCAUAUCACGGAAAUUGAUGGUGAACCAUAUAUCGCUGUUAAAUCAGCAUGGUACAGUAAAUCCUCUGAAUACAAUAUGGGUGAUGAUAAUAUCGAAUUGCCGAUAAAGCCUCGGGACCCUGAAAUUUUCACCAUCAAGGAGCUUGCAAAGAAAACUCUUGAAAGGAAAAAACAAAAUAAAGGGGCAAAAGUUUUCGCUUGCCCUUAUUGUUUUAUCGAGUUCACUCCAGGAAGAAGUGACCAUUGCCUUCGCCAUAUCAAUGGCGAUAAAGAUAGACCUGCUACUUGCGCCAAGCGUAAGGAGAAAGAGCCAGAUCUGGAAAAGCCAGCAUCAUUAAAACCAAUUCAUGUACGAACAGCAUGA